AUGAGCACGUCCACACGAAUAGCUGCGGGGCGGCCCUGGACGCCGGAGGAGGAUGCGCAAUUGCGCGCAGCGGUCGCUCUUCAUGGCGAGAACGACAAUUGGAAGACGGUCGCAGAGAUGGUUCCCGGUCGCACGAACAAGGCGUGCAGAAAGCGGUGGCGCCACUCCCUUAGCCCAGGCGUCAAGAAGACAGCAUGGACGGCCGAGGAAGACAAGCUGCUCCUCGAUCUACACGAGAAGCACGGGGACAAGUGGUCGGUGAUCGCGCGCGAGAUUGAGGGACGAACAGACGACGCUUGCUCGAAGCGCUACCGUGAAGCGCUCGAUCCCAACCUGCGUAAGGACGAGUGGACAGACGAAGACGACAAUAGGCUUCGUGAUCUGCAUGCUCAGCUCUCAGGCCAGUGGCGCCUCAUCGGUGCUGCCCUCUGCAGGGGAAGUCUUGCUUGUCGUAACAGGUGGAGAUUAUUCGAGCGCAAACAGCGCCGUCUGGCCCAACUCUCCAAGUACGAAAUCCCGGACUUUAGCGCUCCCGCUACCUCGUCAUCAUCGGAGGGGCGCUACGAAGCGACAUGGGUACAGCCUGACGUUCACGGGCAGGCCACGUAUGAUGCAUGCGAUUCUCUCAUGGCAUAUCAUCAGGAGCAAACCAGUCAUUAUCCUGUGCAGCCAGAUCCUUUCCUCGGCUCAUGGACUUGGGCCAGCCCCGAAGGAUCCAUUUCCACUCAGCCCUCGGGUGCUCACGGCUCCGUCAACGACGCUUCGGCAAUACAGCUCGAUCAAACUCCUUCUUCCGAGCAACCCUCUCACUAUGGCACCCCGUCGUUUGACGGCAUACCUGGAACCUCACCUUACCACGCAUAUUGGACCUCGUGCGCUGCAGAUCACAUCUACCCUCCCGUGCCACACCAGCCUACGUCGACGCUGCCGCUUGAUGCGGCCGAUAAUUCUAUUCCGUCUACACCUCAUCCAGCUGCUGUUACCGACCUUGCCGCAGAACCUAUGUCGCUGGAAGACACGUGCGAAACGAGUCCUUCAGCUGCACUCCCGGAGCGCUCUCCAACUUUCACUGCCAGCACGCUAGCAUCGCCGUCGUCAUAUCAUGAGACCGUAUUACCCAGCUUAUCACCCGAGAGCAAUGCCACCGUCGACCUGCCCACCUGUGACAUGUUGUGGGGCUCGCCCGUGUCAAACCCAUGCCCUCUGACACCGCUAUUGCCUACGCCGCAAACAGCGUCAGUCGAUCUCCCUCACGUUCAAGUCGUCGGCGAGCACGAAGAGGUUAUCGCAGACCAUCCAACGACCGGGCUCAUUGGCGUCGACGCAUUGCCUGAUGGAGUGGUCGCCUCGGCUGAGCAGAACCUCCCAUCGGAAGCAAUCUCCGGUCCAGCCGACAGCAGGAAGCGCCGACAGUCAGCAAGCGACGAGCGCACGGUUAAACGCAGAGCGACAGAGAUGCGUAUGGACCAAGGCCGGGUGAUGCAGCCUGGCCUUCUUCCGUACGUUUGUGGGCGUGCUUCGUGCUGGCCUGCCUCGAGCCCGGUCUCUGAGUCUCGAUACGACACCGCGAGGGAGCUAGCCGAGCAUAUGCGGCGCAGUCAUGCUGGUCAAGCGUCCGACGACGUGGAGAAGCCCUAUCGUUGUGGUUUGAGUGGCUGUGGGAAGGCCUGGAAGAACCUCAACGGUCUGCAGUAUCAUCUCCAAGUUGCGGAAGCCCACUACAAGAAGGCCAUGAUGUCCAAGGCGAAGGUCAUUACUGCGACGUCAGGCGUUUCGGAGGCGCCCACGCAGCCUGAAGACAAUGGUCGCAGAACUUAUCGCUGUCUAGAACCCGACUGCGGUAAGGUUUAUAGUCAUGCCAGCGGUCUACGCUAUCAUCGUAUCCACGUUCACAAAGGUCCACUCCCCGAGCAACUGUCUAUCCUGCCUCCCUCCGUAGAGAAGAAAGUUCCGCGAAAGGCUAGGCAGUAUCGACGAUCAGCGACGCGACCCUCGGAUGCGAACACAUGA